GACAUUUCGUGAUCUUGGAUCGGCUCACCGGUGGUGAGGUUGGGAACGCCAUCCUGACCCGAGGUUAGACACCCCGGAGGGCGCUGUGCCGGCUGCUCUUAGGCGGGUCUGAGGCUCUGCGUGGGCACCCAUCGGGCUCACUUUGUCUCGGGCGGGACGAGGAGCCGCCAUCCCGGUGCCCCUCCUUCACCUACAGACUCCGCCGGGAGCGCCGCGUGAUGGGUCCGAUUCAGGGCCCUGUGACCUUUGAGGACGUGGCUGUGUACUUUUCCCAGGAGGAAUGGAGGCUUCUUGAUGAGGCCCAGAGACUCCUGUACCAUGAUGUCAUGCUGGAGACCUUUGCACUUGUUGUGUCAUUGGGAUGGUGGUAUGCUGUAGAGAACAAGGAGAUACCAUCUAAGCAGAAUGUUUCUGUAGAAGUGCCACAAAUAAAUACUUCAGAGGUAGACCUGUCCACCCAGAAGGCAUAUCCCUGGGAGAGGUGUAGCCUGGCCUUGGAAGGUUCUUUGCAUCUAGCCCAAGACCUGGGAACAAACCCUGGCCAGGCACUGUGUGGGUCAGGUGUGAAAUUUCACCAGCACAGUGGAGAGAAACUCUUCAGAAGAGACGUGGGGAAAGCCUUUGUGAGGAGCUGCACAGUUCGUGCAUCCAAGAAGUCUCUCAGAGGUCAGGAGGCUGGGAAGGAUUUCCAUGGUAGCUCUGGCCUUCUCCAGCACCUAGUCACUCCACAAAAGGACACUGAGUGCAUGGAGGACUCUCACAAUGGACAAAGGCUCUAUAAGUGCUGUGAGUGUGGGAAAGCCUUCUGCCACAAAUACACACUUGCUCAGCACCAGAGAGUCCACACUGGAGAGAGGCCUUUUGGGUGCAACGAAUGUGGGAAAGCCUUCUGCCACAAAUACAAACUUGCUGAACACCAGAGAGUCCACACUGGAGAGAGGCCUUAUAAGUGCAAUGAAUGUGGUAAAGCCUUCUGCCGCAAAUACAUACUUGCUCGGCACCAGAGAGUCCACACUGGAGAGAGGCCUUAUGGAUGCAAUGAAUGUGGGAAAGCUUUUCGUGACAAACGCACCCUUUUUCACCACCAUCAAAUUCACACUGGAGAGAGGCCUUAUAAAUGCAAUGAAUGUGAGAAAGCCUUCUGCCGCAAAUACAGGCUUGUGGAGCACCGGAGAGUCCACACCGGAGAGAGGCCUUAUGGGUGCAAUGAAUGUGGGAAAGCCUUCUGCCACAAUUACAGGCUUGUUGAGCACAAGAGAGUCCACACUGGAGAGAGGCCUUAUGAGUGCAAUGAAUGUGGGAAAGCUUUUCGUGGCAAACACACACUUUUUCACCACCAUCGAAUUCACACUGGAGAAAGGCCUUAUGAGUGCAGUGAAUGUGGGAAAGCCUUCUGCCGCAAAUACAGUCUUGCUCAGCACCAGAGAGUCCACACUGGAUAG